ACCAGUAAGUGUGUUGCAUAGCCUAUUGUCAGAACAGAAAAUUGGCAUAGGAGGCUCAUUCCAAAUGACUUCUAAUUUCCUCUUAUCUUCUCUUGCUCUUCUCUUUUUCUUCUUUUCCUUAGAGAAGAGCUUUGCCAUUCAAGCGACAAGGGAGGACACAGAAAGAAACCAUGAGCAUCUUGUUCACCUUAGCUCCCUCUUACCAUCAUCUUCUUGCAGCUCUUCAUCCGAAGGUCCGAAAAGAAAAGCAUCAUUAGAAGUGGUACACAAACACGGACCAUGCUCCCAAGUGAAAGUAGAUGUUCCUACACACAGUGAUAUUCUGAGCCAAGAUAAAAAAAGGGUGAAUUACAUUCACUCCAAGCUCUCCACGAAUUACAAUAGUGCGAAGGAAUCAUAUUCUGGCCAAUCUGGCGGUGCUACACUACCAGUAAAGUCUGGUAGCCUAAUUGGGUCAGGGAACUACUUUGUGGUGGUUGGUCUUGGCACACCAAAAAGCGACUUGUCACUGGUCUUUGACACUGGUAGUGAUCUCACUUGGACUCAGUGUCAACCUUGUGCUCGUUCUUGCUACAAGCAGCAAGAUCCAAUUUUUGACCCUAAAAGAUCUACUUCAUAUUACAAUAUCACAUGUACCUCUUCAGACUGCACUCAACUCACCUCUGCUACAGGAAAUGACCCGGCAUGUGCCACAAUCACAAAGGCAUGCGUGUACGGCAUCCAAUACGGCGACUCCUCCUUCUCCGUCGGCUUCUUCAGCCGUGAGCGCCUGACGGUGACGCCCACCGACGUCGUCGACAACUUCCUAUUCGGCUGCGGCCAAAACAACCAGGGCCUCUUCAACGGCGCCGCCGGCCUAUUAGGCCUCGGCCGCCACCCCAUCUCCUUCGUCCAACAAACCUCCCAAAAAUACCAAAAGAAAUUCUCAUACUGCCUCCCCUCCACCACCAGCGCCGUCGGCCACCUCUCCUUCGGUUCCGCCGCCGUAGCCUCCCGCUACGUGAAGUACACCCCCUUCUCCACCAUCUCCCGCGGCGCCUCCUUCUACGGCCUUGACAUCACCGGCAUAAGCGUCGCCGGCGUAAACCUCGCCAUCUCCUCCUCCACGUUCUCCUCCGGCGGCGCCAUCAUCGACUCCGGCACCGUCAUCACGCGGCUUCCGCCGACGGCGUAUGCGGUCCUCAGGGAUGCUUUCCGGAAGGGCAUGGCGAAGUACCCGGCGGCCGACGCGCUGUCGAUCCUCGACACGUGCUAUGACCUCAGCGGGUACGAGGUGGUGUCGAUUCCGAAGGUGAACUUCGUGUUUGGCGGCGACGUGAAGGUGGAGCUCGCGGCGGCGGGGACGCUGUAUGUGGCGAGUUUGAAGCAGGUGUGUUUGGCGUUUGCUCCAAAUGGGGAUGACAGUGACGUCACCAUCUUUGGGAAUGUGCAGCAGAAAACCAUUGAGGUUGUGUAUGAUGUUGGUGGUGGAAAGCUUGGGUUUGGUGUUGGUGGCUGCAAGUAAAGUGAGUUUGAUCUAUGACCAAUUCUUGGUUGAGCACAAUCACUAUUAUUAACAAGAGUGAAGUUCAAUUUCGUCCCAUAAAAGUUUUAAGUGUCGGAUAAAUUAGUCGCUGCAAGAAUGAAAAACGCAUCGUGACAUUGGAUAGAAAUAAAGAUCGCUAUCGGAGAUCACGUGAGUAUUUCUUUCUUUUAGGGGCUAACUUACUUAACACUCUCACUUGGGAUGAAAUUAGACACUCGAUUAAAUGACCAAAAUUGGCAAUUUAUGUUUUCAAAUGCUUUUAAUGGUAAUUUGUGUUUAUAGUCAUUGUGCUCAUGUGAGAAUUUCUCAUGAUCAAGGGUCAUGCUUUGGGCUGGUUAAGAAGAAAGAAAUCUUAAUUGGCUCUGGCAUUUGUUAACUACUAUCAUUAUCAUGGCAAAUGAGAUGUAAUCAUAUGUGGUAAUUAAAGAAAAAGAAGGGAGAAAAAAAAUGCUGGGAAAAUUUCUGUUAUGUCGAGUGGUUGAAGAAGAUUUCAUGGGCAAUGGUGCCAAAUAUAACAUACAUUUAGCUAUAAUGACACAAAGGUGACCACUGUGAUUGCAGGCAAUUGUUCAUAGAUAUAUGUCUAAUGGGAAGCAAAUUAAAUGUAAAGUUGUCCUUGUUAUUAAAGGUUUGUUGAAUAAACCAAUGCUCUUUUGUUUUA